CGCGUUCCACGAGCACUCUUGCCUACACGUCGUCUGCCACCUGGCCCUCCCCGUCUCCUCCUCCAGCGCCGUCCUGACCUCUCGACUUGUCUACGGCCCUGUAGAACGACUUUUCUCGCAAUGGGUGCUACAGGAUGGCUUUUCCUUUUCUCGGUGUUGAUGGCGGCGGGGUUGUUGUUCACCAUGGUCUUCUUCAUCAUCAUGUUCUCCGACCUGGAGUGUGACUACAUCAACCCAAUAGAUCUCUGCAACAAGCUAAACCAGUUCGUCCUACCCGAAAACAUAGCGCACGCAUUCCUUGCGCUGCUGUUCCUGCUAUCAGGGCAAUGGAUAGCCUUCCUGCUCAACGCACCAUUACUCGCGUUCAACAUCAACAAGAUACGGAAUAAGAACCACAUGUACGACGCGACAGAGAUCUUCCGCACGCUGCCGAGCCACAAGAAGGAGAGCUUCGUCAAGCUCGGCUUCUACCUCCUCAGCUUUUUCUACUAUCUCUACAGAAUGAUCCUCGCCCUCAUCCAGGAGAGCGAAUGAGCGCGCACCGCGGGUGUUCACGACCUUGGUUACGACGAGAUGACGCGGGGUGGCUGGGGCCGGAUCUAUACAAUAUCUCGACUGUUGCAGGCCGGUGUGUCGAUGUCUCUGCGAAUGCCAUAUCUUGCUGUACGUGUGCCGCUCGGCAUUUGCCGGUCACGGAAGAGG